CGUGCGCUUCCCAACUUUCCACUCCCAUAUGAUCCUUUCCGUUCCCUUUAACUCCGUCACAACGACGGUCGUCCCUUUCUGCCGCCAAAUCCGACCCCUUCACAUGCACGCCGUUAUUCUCACACCGCUUAUAUCCUCUCUCCCUAAAUCUCUCCCCUCCUCCUCUCUCAGCUUUAUGCGGGAGAAGAAGAUGAAGACCUCCCUCGCUGUCUGAAACCCUAAACGGAACGAAACGGACGUGAAAUUUUGGUUCACCAUCAAAACUUACGGUAUCUGGACAAUCAUGGGAUCAGCUUGCUGUGUUGCUGCAAAGAAAAGAACCCACCCAAAUCGAAGUGAAGGUGAAGCAUUGCACAGGAAUGCCAUUCAUUCACCAUCAUGGAGUUUUCAGUGGGAUAAUCGUCGGCGUGUCGCUGGUGAAAUUGAUACUCCAUAUCAAGUCUCUGGUGGAAUCAGUACUAAUGAUAGCAUGGAGUUAAAAGGUGCAUUAAGUUCUGAAAGGGGUAAUUUCUCAGAUCUGGGAAGCCCGCUGGAGAAUUUUGGAACACCUAUAUCUCAAAAGUCCCCUGUUCAUGGACGAACAGGUAAAAAUCUGAGGAGUCCAUCUCCAGAUCUAACCAUUGCAAGAAAUUAUUCUCCAGACGUGAAGAGUUUGACAGAAUCACCUGGAAUUGCAAAUUCAGCCGUGUCAAAUCUUUUGUUGUCCAUGCCUACAACUUUUUCAACACCAACUGCAGAAACAUUACGUACCCCUAGCUACCCUCUAUUUCCCAACUCAACCCCAUCAAGACGAGCUCGUCGUUCACCAGGACAUCAGCUGUUGAGACAGGUUUCUGAUAGUCGGAUAUUGGGAUUAAAAUCUCCAAAUAACAACUCAAUCUCUGAAGGAAGGCAAUCAUUUGUACUCUCCACUUGCAGCAAUGACUUGGCAACUGGAUCUCUAGGCGGGUCUUCUGAUGGCUGGUCAAUGCGUACCUUUUCUGAGCUCGUGGCGUAUUCUCAAAGGGAAAGAUUGUCUUUUGACAGUGAGCACUUUGGUUCUAUCCAUGGAAAGCUAAGUGGAUCAAGCAGCAGGUUCUCGUGUUCUCCUUCCAUAGAUUUGCAGUCUUGUGGUGUCUGCUCAAAGCUCUUAACAGAAAGAUCUUCAUGGAGCGGCCAGAAAAUUAUUGCUGGCAGCGACACUUCCGUGGUUUCUGUGCUGGUAUGUGGACAUGUUUACCAUGCUGAGUGCUUGGAGACUAUGACCUUGGAGGUUGAUAGGUAUGACCCGGUUUGCCCAAUUUGUAUGGUCGGAGAGAAGCAAGUCUUAAAGAUGUCGAGAAAAGCUUUGAGGGCAGAAGCAGAGCUCAAAGCCAAAAACCACAAGGUAUCCAAAAAUAGAGUUGUAGAUAGCUACUUUGAUAGUGAUAACGAUGUCUUUGAUCAGCAGAAGAAUGCCAAUAGAAAAGGACAGGUUUCUAAGAUGGAACCGAGUUCCAGCACUCGGAAUUCCUCUGUGAAGCCUUUCUUGAAACGACACUUCUCGCUUGGAUCAAGGUGGAGUAGAUCCCUAUCGGAAAACGAUUCUGCUAGGAGGAAGGGGUUUUGGGCCAGAUAGCUCAACGAUUGGUCUCCCCAACCCCAGCUAGUAUGAAAGAUGCAAGCACAAUGUUACAUUUUCUUCUGAAAUUUGUAGUCUAAGCUUCAAUAAUAAAUUAAGUCUCAUUUCGAAA